AAGUAAUUGUGCUGGGAAAAACAAACCGCGCCAUCGCACCAGGUUCAAGCAACAUGGCUGCACUGAAAAGGAGGUUCACAAUAGACGACAAACGGCGGAUUCUUGAGCUGUAUGACCAGCUUCCUCGGAUGAGCCAAAGAAAGGCAGCAAAACGACUGAACAUCGCUCCGUCUAUGCUUUGGACAAUCCUCCAUAACAGGAACUGCAUAAUAAAAGGCGAGAUCAUUAAACGUAAAAAGAAUAAGUGGGUGGGCUGCGGCAGGUCGCCGAGACUCGAGGCGAAUAUCUGGAAAUGGAUCGAUCAGUGCAGGCAAAGCGGAACCCCUGUUACUGAUCUGAUGAUUCACCGUAAAUCAAUGGACAUUGCGGCGCGUAUGGGUAUAGUUAGCUUCAGACCGAGCCCCAGGUGGUACUGUGGGUUUAAGAAACGAGAGGCACUCGUGCGCGAGCGGUAUCGCAUCUAUCCGGAAGUGGAUCUAAACAAUCAGCCAGAUCAGCUCGGAUCUCCCAACGCACCCUGCUCUGCUUCUCCACCUGCUGAUGCUGAGCCUCCUCAGGAACACAGCAUGCAUGAAACCCGAGCAGAAAGUGUUACAGUUAGCGAGCCAGAGCAGGACGAACAACUUCCGGUCCAAAGCAGCCCCACGGUGCUGGUCGGCAAAGUGAACGGCACCAUGCAGACAGUCACUGUGCCCUCACUGCAGCAAAUGCAGGAGGCCAUGAAGACUUUAGCCACGGGAUUGUUAUAUCGAGGCUUCUGCGACUUUCAGCUCCUCCAUCAGUUUGAGAAAGAAGUUUCAAAUGUUGUGAAGAGAUCAAUGGCUCAAGGCUGCCAUGACAGUUUUGUAGCCUGAGGGCUGUGUCCCUAUUAGCUGCUGCCUCCUCCCUAUUCCCUACUAAUGAUAGUGCACUGUUUACACUCUGUGCCUUCUGUGGUGUACUGUUUAGGCACUAUCUUACUGAAGUGCAUUGUGGGAUUACACCAACACACUGGAUAUACUUCACAGUGUUUUUGGACAAGAUGGAAAGACUCAACAAAUAGUGCACUAUAUAGUUAAUAGGGUGUGGGUUUGGAAAUACAAGGAAACCACAUGUUGGACUUGAGUGACCAUGAUGGCACCAGUGGCUUUAGUUUGGAGUUCAUGUACGCAUUAUUCAGCCUAGUUUGGCUGCUUAAACUGUUGUCACAAAGCUGUCUCUAAAUGACUUUUCCAGUUAUAUGCUGUUGUUUACAGUGAUGGAAAAUUGAAUGCCUGCUUUAUGAUGUAUUUGAUGGCUAAUGUUUAAAACAUCACAGGCACACUGCUACCAAAAAGCCUAUAUUAGGUACAUUUCUUUAGAUUUUUUUUGUUUAGGACUCGAUUCCAUGGACAAAAUUCCACACCGCUGUUAUAUAGCUCCAUUCUGUGAUUGCGUUAUGCCUUGCAGUCUAUUAAAACACAUUUGUCAGUCCAUUGAUAUGAUACAGUGAAAGAUUGGUCUGCUUUUCUUAUCCUGUAGAGCUUCCCUUGUCCUAUACAUAUUAGUGUUUUCACACCAGAUCCCAUUAAUCAGCUAAUUAACAACCUGUCCUGGUUUGCACUGGGUGUAUUAGAGAAGGGAAAACCCUAAAAUGUGCAGGACACAGGGUUGGGAACCUGCACUGAAGAUCAUUGUGUAUAUAAUUGAUCAGAGGCCUUAUUUUUAUAAUGCAGCCUUUAAAUGAGAUCAUUAUGGUGAGGUUCAGGAUCCAAACUUGUAUGUAGGCAUUCAGCAUCAAAUUUGAUUAUAUGUGUAGGCUGAAGUUUCCUUCUUUGCAAGUUUAAUUAGCAGUUUGUUGUUACUGUUUUGGUCAUGGUUUUGAACAACUGAAGAAAUAUAGAAACAUUUUGCUGAACCAGCUGUAGGACCUUGUUUUUUUCUUUUUGUUUUUUGUUUUUUUUUUAAAGGAGAUUGUGCUUUUGUGUUGUACUUUUUUAAAAAGCUUUCUCUUAUGUGACCACAUGGGGGCACUGUUUUUCAUGUAUUUUUAUUUUAUUUUCCCUCACUGAUAUGGAAAGCUACAUAAACAUGUUUAUAAAUUAUAAUGUGUUCUUAGCAGUGAAAGGUUUUCUACUAUGAUCCAUUUUCAUUCACUUACAGUCUUAUUUGUAUAUUUAAAUAUUUUUUUGUACAAAUUUUGCAAAAUGCAAAAAAUAAUUGGUUUUGAAAGCUUUAGGUGUAUAUAUUGAGUUAAUAAGCAGACACAAUAUUGACCGUAUAUCAUACUCCUGCACGUUUUCUUUUGCGUUUUCAUGCAUUCCCACUUUAUUGCAAUGUGAAUGUUUGCAAAACAUGAAUACAGACUGUUCAGACUUGCGGAAUGGCUGGGAUUUGCUGGGGCUCUCGGUGCUAAUCAGAGAUUGCUCAGCAUGUUAAGAGCGUACAGUGGAAAUUUGUGGGAUUUGAUGUAUUGCAGUAUUUAUAACAGGGGAUGCUUUAAGUGCAAUGCUUUCUCCAAGAUCAAACUCAUAUCAUGGCCUUUUUUUAGUCUCAUAUUCCAGACGCUAGAGGUUUCGAGUGUAUAUUUAAAUCCUUCAUAUACUGUAACGAUGUUAAGCCACUAUGCAGAAUAAUGAUUUUUACAUGCAGGUGAAAAUGAAUUUUCACACAGCAGAAAGGAUAAAUUAAAGACCAAAGGUCUUCUAUGAUAACAGUUAAUUAAAAUAAAAUGAAUCAUCAAAAAUGUCUUUUUUUUAAAAAAAAAAAGUGAGCAUAUGCAAUGUUCAAAAGACAAUAAACCCUGACUGCUAGGAGCUGCAUGUUGAUUCUAUCUGCAACAAGACAGAGGAAUUACCAACCCCCCAUUUGAGUAGCUCUGUGUAGCCUAAUUUGCAUAAACAUGAGUAAUUUAUGAAUAAUAAAUGCACCCCUAUUCGGCGAGAUCCAUUAAUUUGCAUAUCACCAUGCCACUACAGUUAUUUUUUCUGUGUGCUGUGCUAUCAUGAAGCACUAAGAACCUGCCUUUAACAGAAUCAAACAGGAGGACUGAAAAGGAUGGCAUGCAGAGGCCACAUCACGCCUUUCACCUUCAGCGCUGACUUAUGGGGCCGCAGCUCCUGCAGCAUGCCGGGAUGCUACGCGACACACACGCAGUGCGCGCGGUCUCCAGCAGCAACACGGGCACCGUAGCAAACAGUCAGGCACGGCAGAGCCAUGUCAAUGAAUGCGGAAGUAAAUCUCAGAGCUGAGGCCGUGCUUUCAAGCAGCAGUGACUAAGGGUUUAUUUCUUCUUCUUAGACACACAUUGUGGCAGUAAUGUAUGCGUCGGGAAUACAUCUCAGGUUCUUUCUAAUUCUAAUAUCCCAGCUCUGUUCUCCUCAGAUAAUGCCACAAUUUACAGCCGCAUAUUGUGAGAUAAACGAUGGUGGCUUUUCAUAGCUAAUGGGCAUUUCCCUUUAACAAAUAAUAGCUAAGACCUCAAAAAAAAAAAAGAAAGAAAAAAAAUCAGAGGCUAUUUCUCAGCCUGACUUUCCCUCAAACGGACAUUUUUAAACAGAACGCAUUGACACCAAUCGAGAAAUGACUCAAUUUUCAGAUUAUGCUUGUGCUGAUGUAUCUUUUAGUAACAAUAAAAUUCCUCUUUUUUACGAGAA